GUGUCACCCUUACUAUACCAAGAAGUCAGACAUCCAAGGUCAGACACUACGCAAAGUCAGAUACUUCAAGGGCUUUCCUUGGAAGGGAGGAUGAAAAGGGAAGGAUGGGAACAUCAGCUCAGGUGAGACAUAUGAAUUCAACAAAACAUCAGGGAUGGUUUGCCACGUUUGCGAGCAGCACAGAAAACGGCAGUUUGUUCCAAGUUCCCAGCACACCAAAGGGGGCAGUAGUGUGUCUGUAAAGUGCGUUGUCAACUUGGUGAUAAUUUCUGUUUGCAUUCACACUCACUGGCUGAUAAUCUCAACUGCUCGAUGCAAUUCAACAGAUAACAAUGCGGAAGUCUGGUCUAAAGCUACCUGAAAUCACUUCCAAGAGCUCUUCAGACAAAGCUGCCUUUGACAGUCUUCAUUAACCCCUCCCAUAUUUGCCCCUCAGCGUCCCUCCGCUUAGCAGCCCCGGCGUUUGAAGUCCAACCUAAGCAUUCUUAGAUGGUGAGUGAGGGUCUGCCUUCCCCAGGACCAGCCACCUAGUCAGGCUUGUGGCUGGUCUAACAAACUGGAGCCUGAGAUUCUGAGAAAACGAAACCAAACAGUUGUACUCCGGGGUUAACACAGAGCAACUUCCACCUGCUGUGCGAGUUGGUGACCCUUUCUCUUGCUGUUCGAGAGCCCCAGUGAAAACUUGAGUGAGAUGAGAGAGCAUAGAGCCUGCCAGUCUCCCCCUCUGCACACACACACACACACACAAACACAUUUAACUUUCCACUUGCAGUGACCUGCCCUUCAGUGUGACUUAUCAGCUGUUCGGCUUUUGUCACUAAAGGAAAACAAAUUGUGGAAUAUCCCGCUCUGCAUGCUCAUGAGAUGGCUGAGCCAAGUCAGGGGUUAUGAGGUGGUUUGCGAGUGAGGAGAAGAAUGAUCUUCAGUUUCUGACCUCCUGGCACGGUGGCGGGCGGUAUUUAUCAGGAGGUACAUGUGACUGGUUAAGACUCAGAGCCCCAGCUUGAAGGAAACAGCUGCUCUCGGCGUGCUCUGGCACUUGGCAGCUGGACAGGCAGAGUGCUGAUGUGAAAAAUACCACGACAAAACCACCCUAGUUCCCCAAAGUACUUAACAUUCAGGUUGAAUAAACCAGUUCUACAGACCGCUUCUUCUGUGCAUUUCCCAAUGAUGCUAACUGCCCUUAAAAUUCUUUCAGAUUUGGAACUGUAUCUGUAUGGAAACAACAGAGUUUUCUUCAAGUACAACUAAGGACGAGUCACCACUAGGCACUAACAUCGCUGACUUGCAUGAUUAUGGAGAUGGUCUAUCUGAUGCUGAAAAUGUCUCUAGUUUUUUGACAACGGCUAAAUAACCAUGGGAUCAAGUGGCCUUGGGAAAGCAGCAACAUUAGAUGAACUGCUGCGCACUUGCAUUGAGAUGUUUGAUGACAAUGGAGAGCUGAAUAAUAGUUAUUUGCCAAGAAUAGUUCUACUGAUGCACCGAUGGUAUUUAUCUUCCACUGAAUUGGCAGAAAAACUUCUCUGCAUGUAUCGAAAUGCCACUGGAGAAAGCUGCAAUGAAUUUCGAUUAAAGAUCUGCUACUUCAUGAGGUACUGGAUUCUGAAGUUUCCUGCAGAGUUUAAUUUGGAUCUUGGUUUGAUUCGUAUGACUGAGGAAUUUCGGGAAGUAGCUAGUCAACUAGGAUAUGAAAAACACGUCAGCCUCAUCGACAUAUCCAGCAUUCCUUCCUAUGACUGGAUGAGAAGAGUCACACAGAGGAAAAAAGUAUCCAAGAAGGGAAAAGCCUGUCUGCUGUUUGACCAUCUGGAGCCCAUUGAAUUGGCUGAGCACCUCACUUUUCUGGAGCAUAAAUCUUUUAGAAGGAUCUCAUUCACUGAUUACCAAAGCUAUGUCAUCCAUGGCUGCCUGGAGAAUAAUCCAACCUUGGAAAGAUCGAUUGCUUUAUUUAAUGGAAUCUCUAAGUGGGUCCAGUUGAUGGUUCUUAGCAAACCAACCCCCCAGCAAAGGGCAGAAGUCAUCACAAAGUUUAUCAAUGUUGCAAAGAAGCUCCUUCAGCUCAAAAAUUUUAACACCCUGAUGGCAGUGGUGGGAGGCCUCAGUCAUAGCUCCAUUUCACGUCUCAAAGAGACCCAUUCUCAUCUUUCUUCAGAAGUUACAAAGAACUGGAAUGAAAUGACAGAGUUGGUCUCCUCCAACGGCAAUUACUGCAAUUACCGCAAGGCCUUUGCCGACUGCGAUGGCUUCAAAAUCCCCAUCCUUGGAGUACACUUGAAAGACUUGAUAGCAGUCCAUGUCAUUUUCCCAGACUGGACGGAGGAGAACAAAGUGAACAUUGUGAAAAUGCACCAGCUCUCCGUUACCCUGAGUGAACUAGUCUCCCUGCAGAAUGCCUCUCACCACUUAGAACCCAACAUGGAUUUGAUCAACCUGCUCACGCUUUCCCUGGACCUCUAUCACACUGAAGAUGAUAUUUACAAACUGUCACUGGUGCUGGAGCCUAGAAAUUCUAAAUCGCAGCCUACCUCCCCUACGACGCCCAACAAGCCUGUGGUGCCCCUGGAGUGGGCAUUAGGGGUGAUGCCAAAGCCAGACCCCACGGUCAUCAACAAGCACAUAAGGAAAUUAGUGGAGUCUGUAUUUAGAAACUAUGAUCACGACCAUGAUGGGUACAUUUCCCAAGAGGACUUUGAAAGUAUAGCUGCCAAUUUUCCCUUCUUGGAUUCCUUCUGUGUUCUGGACAAAGAUCAGGAUGGCCUAAUUAGUAAAGAUGAAAUGAUGGCUUACUUCCUGAGAGCUAAAUCCCAACUACACUGUAAAAUGGGACCAGGAUUUAUCCAUAAUUUUCAGGAGAUGACCUAUCUCAAGCCAACCUUCUGCGAACACUGUGCGGGAUUUCUCUGGGGCAUAAUCAAGCAAGGAUACAAAUGCAAAGACUGUGGAGCCAAUUGUCACAAACAGUGCAAAGACCUCCUGGUUCUGGCCUGCAGGAGAUUUGCCCGGGCGCCCUCCUUGAGCAGUGGUCAUGGGUCACUGCCUGGAAGCCCCUCGCUGCCCCCAGCGCAGGAUGAGGUGUUUGAGUUCCCUGGAGUCACUGCUGGACACAGGGAUUUAGACAGCAGAGCCAUCACACUGGUUACAGGCUCUUCUCGCAAGAUCUCUGUGAGGCUACAGAGGGCCACCACCAGCCAGGCCACCCAGACUGAACCUGUCUGGUCAGAGGCUGGCUGGGGGGACUCGGGGUCCCACACCUUCCCUAAAAUGAAAUCCAAGUUCCAUGACAAAGCAGCAAAGGACAAAGGCUUUGCCAAAUGGGAAAAUGAGAAGCCCAGGGUGCAUGCUGGUGUGGAUGUUGUAGACCGAGGCACGGAGUUUGAACCUGACCAGGAUGAAGGAGAAGAGACCAGACAGGAUGGUGAGGAUGGCUGACUUCAGGCUGCAGAAACUGAAGGCAAUAAUGUUGGCUUUCGGAAGGGGCAAGACGAGAAACUCUGAAGAAAGCUCUGACUCUCAGGAAGUUAUCUGGAAAGAUACCUGGAUGUUUACUGCCUUGGGACACUGUGGGAUCUCCAUGUUUGGACUAUGGGACAGAGAAUUGACCCUAACUAUGAACUAUUUAUUUCCUCCUCCCCUACCCCUAGUUAAGUGCCACAAAGACUGUGUUAUGUAGUCAGUACUUUUCUCAUGUAUCUUUCUCUAGACCAUUUAUAUACGGGUGAAAUGAAAGCUUUUUUGCAUGUACUUGAUACUCAUUCUGUAAACUCAGACUUCGCUUUUUUUGUGAGAAUAUCCUUUCAAUAUUUUUAUAAACUUUUGUGUGUGCUGUGGCAGGGAACAGUUAACAAGGAGUUUAUUUAGA